AUGGCUCAGAAGGUACGCGAAACCAAAUAAUAAGGUCAGUGAUGGCGCACGCCGAAAGCGCUAAUUAUACCCUUGGCCUAACAGAUAGUCCGCGAAGGUGAUGACUAUGUUUUUACACGACAGACCUGAGAACUCGCUUGUGGGGACAUGAACUGGUAGUGCGGAGGGAGAGAGUGUGGUCGAUUCUGGCAGAACCUCAGUUAAAAGUGGGAUUUAACCCUUGAUUGGCCAGGGGGCAGUAAAACUCAGUGACUGAAAUGUCAACUUUUUUCGUGUGAAGUGUUGUCUUAGUGGGUAAAUUUAUAAGAAGAGAGAUGGAGGGGAGGAAUGAGAGAUGCACGUAGCGAGCGUAAUAUUUGAGGUAUACAGAGCAGUUACUCUAUUUCUGAUUGGCUGGUCAUGCUCGAGUGGUUGCCUGCCAAGUGAGGCGCUUAGGAAAACGAGUGACAAAACGUAUGCCAUAAACCUCACUGACGACCACACACGAAGCCGCAAGCGCAGGCUCUAAUUUCAACUGCCAUAGUCAUGGGCAGUGAACUGUGAGAGACGCCCAGCUAACCCCGGAUGCGCACAACAUCGAUGGUUCGCCCACUAUGAUCGAUGCCUACAAUAACCGUCUCGAGAGCGCAGUGCCGGCUUGCUCGCAUACUGGAUAGUGGUAAAGACUUACGCCUUACCUAUGCCACCCCUCCCACUCUCCCUCCAAGCACAUUUUAUUCUAGUGGCAAGACAGAGUUAGAACAAGUCAAACUAGGCGUGGGUGCAGUGGGUCGCUGAAACUAAACAAUCGAUCCACACCCGUCACUCAAGGCAUGGUACGAUUUGAAAUCAAGACCAACCUGAUGAAAAGUCUUCUCAGCUCGGCCCUCAGACGAGAGGAGCCUUAAUUUACCCCGUCAGUUUGCGACCUUUCCUCUGGAAACUCAGCAAGGUGUAUGUGUUGGUUUCUCAGGUGGAUCGGCCUCACUCCCUCUUCCGUCUCCUAUUAAAUGCAAGUGGCAAGUCCGAGUAAAACAAGCUAGGACCGAAAACCAAGACGUAUGGUUGUGGUCUGCGGCCUGCAACAUGAGUCACACGAAUAAGUUAGCGCACAAUCACGUCGUCAUCAUUCCCUCCCUUCUUCUGCAUACCUUGGCAGGCAAAUCGUACAUCAAUCAUGACGAUUACCCUAACCAGCACAAAGAAGCAGUGGCAGUCUGUGUGUGAAUUUAUACUAAAAUUAAAGGUUAUCCACUGCAAACGGGCUUCGUUAGUGUCCAGAUAGAUGAUGAGGGAAGCCAUAUUAGCCAACAACAUGUGUUUUUGGUUGCGCCCAGCCAGUCUGAAACCUAAUUAUUGUAGGAUCUUUGUGUAGUAUAUGUUAGAUAGUCACUAGCGUCAGGUAACCCACUAUCUCUAAUCUCACCACCGGUCGACUGGCACACUCGGACAGAUACUUGGUAAAGGGGAAACAAAGAGGGAGUGGUGCCUAUUGUUGAGAAGGUAGGGUGUGAUUAUGUAGCUCCAUCUCAUGAACACAAAACUGUUGGGGUUGGGGUUAGGGUUAGGGGUUGGGUCAACUAUUUCAAAACCACUCAAAGUACAACCGCGCAUGCCCAGUAGCUUUUCUUUUGUAAACAACUACUUGACCUCCUCGCCUUGCGUUCCCCGGCCCCAUCUGUGAAAAUUCCUAUUAACACCCGUUCCGUAUUACAGGUGACUGGAGUUUUUUACUUCAGGUGGGGCUUCAUAACCACAUCCGACCAAUAGAAAUUCUUUUACAGUGCACUUCACACCGUAAUGAAUCUGAUAAACCUAAUUUCAUUAAAACACGUUUAACAUCGCGGUUUGGAAUGUUCCCAGCUGACGGGACAACGCGAACCUAUUUAGGACUAGGAAUGAGACUACAGCGCCUCCUUCUUACUUUGACCCUUAGCCUGUCUCACCCACCUGGGACACUAGACAAGUCCCCUUAAUGAGGUUUGGAUCGUCCAAGGACAUUCCACCCGUGGCACGCGUAGAUGGAUCGACUAGCUUUGUCAUGCACUGUGUUCACGCACAUCUCGGGCUCCUUCGGUCUCAAGAUGCAUUGGAUGCGGGAAACGGUAAUAAGGCAAAGAGAAUUCAGUUUAAAGGAACUGCCACGUAAGUCUUAGCUGCGCUCAAGUCAUGGGGCAGUGGUUGAUGCCGUAGAUCGCAAUGAUUCAACUAUUGUUGGAAGAGUGACUUACUCCGUACUUAAAUUCCACUUCCGUUCCACGCAAGCGUUGUCCCAAGGUCAAGGCUAAGACUAAACUGAACGGGAGUUGGUACGACUUUUAGCUCUGCGCAUUUGAGCGAUGGGCUCCACUUUUACGAUCGCAUCAAACUUUGAACAUAACUUCAAGGGCUUGGGGACCCGUGCCUGCUACCGUUAUCUGUCUUGUGGUUGUACUAAUGGUAUCGCUGAGAUCAGCACAAUAAAUUGAAAAGCGUGAGGGCAAAGCAAAUGGGCACCACUUGAAUUUGGAUCAUUUGUGACUGUCUGUCCAUUAUGACGACUGCCUUCCGGUAGACGCCCCACGCAAUCCAAGCUCUGGCUACACAUUCAAUGACACGCUGUGUGCUAUUUCGACUGUGUUCCACUUUACUGUUUUGACAUGCGCCUGAUGUACAUUGAUUGUACGAUAGGCAAAUUUUACAAGCAUUCCCAUUGUAUUCGCAUCCUACUUCGAACCCGUUGCUCGGGACAUGAAAGGGCCGUUACCUACUUUCGCUUUAUGCACAGACCCUUUUCUCUCGAUGUAAGCUUCUUCUGGUCGUAAAACAAUCCCUAGUUCAGUUUGAAAACCCCGUUUCACUUAUUUUCAAAGUAAAGUAAGACGUAUAAUAUCAAAAGUUUCUGAGGCAGGAGAUAAACAUUUGAAUCCCUCGAAAGAACACGUGGGCCAUAUAUCCUGGGUAAAACGCCCAAAGUGAGCACCAGCGACCGCGUUCAUCAUUAGUCAACAUUGUUUGGGUUAAUUGGUUGUUGUAAGGUCCAGACGAUGCGUAUUUACAGUUUAGUUUGACAGUUAUUGAUUCUUACACCAGUUCUGCUAAAAAAUAGUUAGGCAACUUUUGUUACCUUGAGGUACGAUAACGAGAACCUUAUGACUCCAACUCUGUAGAUUAACAGCAGUAGAACAUAGUAGCUUGACCUUGUGGCAUAUAAUUGGGACCGCUUUAUUGUGCCAAGUUUCUUAAUAAGCUAACGUUUUACAAUAAUCACGGCGAACAGCUGGACUCUUGAUUUAAAGUCCAUGCAUUUUUCACACCUCAGAAUGCUCCUUUAAACACUUUAGUGUAACCGACUCGCUCUUUUCCGCCCUUCACAUACAGUGAGUGCAUUCCAUGGCGCGAAGCCGUUAAAAGUUUAACGGAAACAUCUGGCAAUGGUUUCUGGCAACCUCUAGAACCUACACUUAUUCUAAGUGUCCGUACCCUGUGAGUAGAUGUGUCUGCGUGAGACAGCUGGCAUUGGCUUGUGCUAUUCUUGUCCGUUUUGCCAAGCAUCGAAUUUUUUACGAAUAGGAAAAGGUUAGCACGGUAUUUAUUCGUGAUUUUGCCCUCCCGGAUUAUGGAGUCAAUAGGAAUUAGGACCUGAGUCUCACUUAGUAUGCUUCAAUAUUGGGUUUCUUCAAUGGCAAAGAAUGGACAUGUUACCAGUGUUUCUUAUUUUAUGUGAACCUCAGCGGAGGUUACUGGGUACAUACAUGCUUUUUCAUGCGUCAUGAAAUGUUGUCUAAAUACAUUAGAGUCGAGGUUUCGGCAUUUUAAUCUGUCCUCUGAACAUAGGACAUGGCUUUCUUAUAUUUUAGGAACUAUAGUGCUUACUACUAAUCAGCCACGGAUUAGAUCCCUAGUUAAGUUUUCAAAAAUAACAUUUUUCACUGCAUUUUUGGUUACCGCCGAAUUCAAAAAGACAGGUGCUGAUAAGAAGCGAAAGUAAUUAUGAUACGUUUUAAUUAUGCAAGAAAGGGUAUUCCACAGAGCUAUUUUUGCUAGCUUUGGAACCUCGCCGAAACAAAAUUUUACGUUCCUCGUGUCUGCGUACGUCUACAUUUGAAGCAGCAAAUGUGGUCUUCGUGCUACGAGCUUGCAGUUUAUAUUUCACAUUUAUUUCUGCACACAACUUGAAACAGCGAACAAUCACAACUGCUGCACAACUCGUUCACAGUAGGACUGGGAAUAUGUGUGAAUGGUUUUUUUAAAUUUUCCAACGUGGUAGGACACGGGAAUUCGGAUCAUUCGUACUGCAGGUGGCCUUACGCCAAACUCAAGGGGGAUUAUGACUAGGAUUAGAGUUAGGAGGGUUAACAGUGUCAAGAUCAAGGCUAGGGUUAGGAGUAUGAGGAAGAGGAGGAGGAGGAGGAGGAGGAGGAUGAGGAGGAGGAGGAGGAGGAGGAGGAGGUAGGGUAUAAUUAGGUUUUUGAAAAGUUUAGAAUUGUGAGAACUUUGAAAAUCGUGAAGUGACCGUUCAUAAGACGUCAUGACUCUGCAUUUACCAAUGUGGCUUGUAAAGUAACAGCAUCGCUUAAAUCCCCUGCUAAAUUUUAUGAACGCUAUAUGGUCUCCUCUUAAUACCGUACAGAAAUGUAUGGUUUUCCGUACACGGAAAAUACACGGCUUGUAUUUUGGAAACCAAAAAUGCAAGUGUAUCGGCAUGUCGGGGUUCAAAAUGAUUCGGAAAUUGAAAAAGUUCUUGAAAAGCGAAUCAUACUCUUCCUUCGAGUAUAAAAUUGGAAAAGGGCGUAUUUUUCUACUUAAUGUGCAAGGCAAUGGAUAUUUUUAUUCAUGUUUUCCAAGCAAUAUGAUUGAAAUUUUAAGGGAAUCGGAAAUCAAUGCGUAAACUGCAUGCUACGUAAGCAGUCACUUUUUGCAAGGUAUAGUGUUUACAUGCGGCCAAAAAGAGGUUCGUUAGAAAGCCGAAAUCCUGAGGUAGCUGAAUUAGUACAGAAUUAUGCUGCGCGAUCAUUAGUUUUACAGCCCUACUUGAUUAAUCUUUUCGAAACAAAAACGCAUCUCGGAAUUUCGGUUGACAUUUCAUGACUUAGCCCACCGACUGCAAGUAGCAAUUUCAUGAUGCCCAAAUAAUGGGUUUCGCGUCGAGCACAUAUCCUCCGUUAUUUUGGGUUGUGUGAAAGUUACAAACGAAACAGAACUAGAGAAAUAUACAACCCUGUUCUUGGGCGUCUCAGUCGAAAGGUCACAUCAUAAGUACUCGAAUCGAACAUACAUGCACAACCCUGGCAAACAGGGUCACAUACCUGGCUCGGAAAAGUACAGGGACCGCCCUUUUUUAUUACGCGUCAGGUAAUGCGAUAAAAGCCUCUUUCGUUGCAAAGCAAACUUACAACAUUGACCGGUCCUGUUUCAGAUAGCGACUCUACCUGACAUUUUAGCUAGUCAUUGGAACUUAUUUUGAAACGCACUAUGUAUCCACUACUGUGAAGCACCUUUCUGAUGAUGUCAUAAUCCAAACUUUGCACAGUCCGGAGAGCAAGUCAGGGGAACAGAAACCCCCUACCCCCGCUGACUUGCAGUAAUUUCCAGAGAAAUUAAGUUUAGCGCUAAUUUUAGGACCAGAGUUAAGUUCAGGGUUAGGGUCGCGUUUGAGAUUUGGCCUAUUUCGUACCAUCCGCGUCCUUCAUUUGACAGUCAUCUGCCGUUUGUCUGUUAACUAGCGGGCUAAAGCUAAGGGUAUGCAGAAAAUGCUGACGCGUUCCACAAGCCUGGUCCAAAUGUUAGGUCAACCUCCUCUGGAUAAAUAAGUCAGCAUUGAAGUAAACGGUCAAAACCUCUCCGACAGUUACACGUUCGCUAUCUGUUAACGGAGGGAAGGUAGUCGAUUUGUCCAAGCGUGGAACCGGCCUUCAGUCAGCAGAUUUCAUGUGUAAAGACCAGGCAUGCUGGAGAGACGAUUUUCUUUCCAAUUCGUCAUAUCCCAAAUUCUACCAGGGGGACCUUUGAGGGCAGCACAUGCAGCCUACAAUGAGUUAGCUCUGCAACCAGGUCAGAUCGAUGAUUUUGCAUAUGCGCACAAGUCAGCACAGGUUUGACAUACAUAAAAUGGCAUUAUCAACAAAGACAAGGGGGACUGGAAUGGCCAUUUCCGGCUUAUUAGCCGUCGUCAGCCAGUCAUACCCAACCCGGAAGUGUGGAACACCCGAGGCUCGAACUCGCGAUCUGUUAGCUAAAAUAUCAACGCCUCUGACCACUGGGCCAUGGCCCGUUGCUCUCUCGGUUUUGAUCGGAAAUAUACAAUGGUAGAGGGGUUGUGUAUGACUGGCUGACGACGGCUAAUAAGUCAGAAAUUGCCACUCCAGUCUCCUUUGUCUUUGUCGAUAAGGCCAUUCUACUUAUAUCAUGCGCCGCUGUGCGGCUGCUGGUUGGGCUCGAGGGAGUCUCAUAAGAACGAUCGGUGAGCGCCCUUCUACCAUCCCUAAAAGUGCGGAAUUUGGACCUUACCGACAAAGUUAACAUUAACUGGUCAACUGGUUGUUUGGUCUUCAGAGAGACGUGUACCUUCAAAAGAGGAUCAGUUUUAAUUAUCAGGAUGCGAAAAGCGUGUUGGGUCAUCAUUUCUGUCUGAGCAGACAGUUGAUUGCAGCGUCAUUUACCGUUAAGUUAGUGGUUAGUUAGUCAGUGGAAGCAAGCUAAGGGGUUGGGUACGGGACUGAAAACCCACUGCAUUGCAGUGGACCUUGCCUAAGUCCCGGAGUUUUAUGAUUAGGGAUGGUGUUCAUAUUAGGUUUAGACAUAGUAUAGGUGCUAGGUUAUGGUCAGGACACGAGAAUAGGUACGUCCCUAUAAUUUGGCUCGAAGUCACCUGUAAUGCAUGGGGUCUUCCAUAUUCCCGUCUCCGGACAGCUCAGUCUUUCCACAAACGUCCAGUUUGUUCAUGGAGUUCAGCUGUUCAGUGUACGAUCACCGACGAAUAUAAGGGAAACUAGAGUAUCCAUUUCUGGCUUUAUAUGCCGUAUACAAACUCCACGGCUAGGUAGACUCGGGAGUUCGAAACGGAUCGUCCUUUUUGAGCAAUCAAUAGACCGAGCGCUUAGUCGUUGAGCCAAAAUAUUCCGUCCUAUCGACUGCGAUCGAGUGUAUUCAGGAACAUGGUGAAUUGAGACUUCGUCGAUCAAAUUUCAGUGAACAGAGUGUUUAUUCAGUCUUGUCUUAUGGUCAGAGUUUACAAGUUGAACUUUCGAGGCAAAGUGAAACGAAAAGACUCUAUCCUAUGAUAAAAUCGACGGAAAUUUACCUUCAUUUAAUGACGGUUAAAAUGGCCUAGGCAAACACAUAUUCUCAUGAGAGUUUCUGUAAUGUAUUUGGUUAAAUUAUUUGCAGAUUAAACGCUAUGGUAAGUGUAAUUGUUAACUUCAUUUGGGUCUGCAAGGACAUUUCCGCAAUCCGAUACGUUUCUGUGAUCAUACUGAUUUAUUAAUUAAUUUUGUCCACUUAGAACGUACGCUGUCUCCAGAAACCGAAUCCUAUUGGUGGGAUAGCAUCUAACACGGAUCUAAUCGCCCUAAACUGUGUAGAAGGCUCUGAAAAUUCAGGUAGGUAAUGUUUACCAUUGUCCACCGAAACCCAUUCAGAAAAAGUGCAUGUUCAACCUGUCGCUGAUAUGCUUACCGUAAAAAAUCACUCUGUUAGCCCCACCAACCUGUUUAUGCGUUUAUUGGUGCGGGAGUGUAUCCGGUCAGCUUAUUUCAUGAUCAUGGUAAAUUAGCUUGAUGUAAAUUGAAAUAUGGUUGUCGAAUUGCGAUUACUCUUCCACUUUAAACCCAAUGUGAUUAAUUCACAUCAACUUUACCUCUGCAGUCGGCUCAGGACUCCUUACGGAAUUAGAAAAACUUCUUUUUCUCUACUCUGAGAUCCCGGCAUUCGCAUGUUAAACUCUCUGACGUGCACUAAAUCUAAAAGCUAAAUCCGAAUCUAAAAAAUCUGGCAAAUACUCUUCGUUGUUAAAAGCUUCUAGUCCGUUGAUGGGUAUUAGAAUCCAAGAUGAGAGACUGGAAUGACCAGGUUCCGCCUAUAUUACGGUUUUCGACUAUCCGUACACCAACUAAGGACUGAAAAGAUCUGAUAUUUGCAGACGGUUGCAUCUCUUGCUCAUAUUUGAUGUUGACUUCUGUGUUGGCAUCCAGUGUGGAUUUCAAAAGUGGAUAGAAUGCUAUUCUUGUUACAGCGGUCGAAUCGCCCUCUUCUCAACAUCUUCUUGGGACUCACCUUCUCCUUAGUACCAGCAAACGGGGUAGGAUUGAACCUUGAGCCAGAGAACUCUUCAUUUCAACCUCGAGCUGACCGCGUCGCUUUACAUUGGCCACGCCCAUGAUCACUGCAGUGUGGCUAUCACUGACCUGACCCAAUUUCAGGGCGGAAGGUUCAAGUCCCGCUUUGUCUUAGUGCUUCAGUCUGAAGCAGAUUAAGGUCAAACCGGAGUCAUAUGGUCUCCUCAGGGAAACGUUUAUAAGUGCACUCUGUCUAGAAAUUACUUUAUCAGUUAAAAGUUCAUAAAAUUUUACCCGCUAUUUUUUACUAUUUCCUCUAGAUCUUAAAAAUUUCUUGUGGAAAUUUCUUGUGAAAAAAGGCCAGACGAAACAAAGCUUACAAAUAAUCCAGUAUUAAAACUUAUUGCAGAAAUCGGCCAAACAAAGCUUUGCCUGUAGAAGCGACGAAGCGAGUUCCCGAAAAUUUUUUAUACGAAGAUGAAAUUGAGUCUGAUUUUAGGUUUGCGUGAGAAACCGAAAAUUCGGAUGAAUAAAAUUCUUAUUCCAGCGAUGGCAUCUUCUUCUAAAUAAAGCUUUAUUUAGUUGUUAGGUGGCAGACGGUUUAUGCUUUCCAUGUUCCAGGCCAAACUCCUAAUAUCAGAUGGGCUAAAUAUUAACGUCAGGUGGACUUGUGUCGACCAGGGUACUGGCUAAUCUAGUUAAAGGAGGCCGUUUCUUGUUCGAAAUCGGCCUUGAAUUCUCAAGUGAAGCUCAGUUAUUAUGGUUUCCCUUGUCAAAGGCACUAUGCAUAGGCAGGCCCGAAAAUUUUCUUAUUUCUAAACCUAUCGUAGUUAAGCAUGCUUUCGGCCAAUUGUCCCACUGGAGUUUCCACGGUCACUCUUUGGGGUUCAAAUGUGCGGUUAUCUGGCAAGACUUCCCCGGCCCCAUAGUGUGAACUGUAAUUAUUGGAGACGUAAUUUUCAUGGUAGCCUGGUUAAAGUGACCAUGUCUCAGGAAUGUGUAUUCGGCCGCACACACUAGUGACGAUUUUCAGUAGAUGGUUGUAAUUUUAUAUUAAGGUUUAAACGACAUCGUCGUGGUCUAGAUUAGAAGACUUAAAAGCGAGUGCCGUCCCGUCACUUUUCAAACGUUCCUGUUUCCUAUGUUGCACCCAGUAGGAAAUUCUAUUGUAAAUGAUGGCGUCAGCCACAUAUUUUGAAAUUCCCGGUUAGUUUUCUAUAGCCUGUGCUCGUCACCAUUGGCCAUGAAGGAGACGAGAUAGCUGGUAAGACGUAUUCUUUUUUGUGAAUUCUGCUGCCAGCAGUCAGCUUUUUGUGUUGGUAACAGACUAUUGCAUAAGCGCUGUUAGGAAUAAACUUUCUGACAUCGAAGAUCUCCCCUCCAGUAGCGACUGAUAAGUCUUCUAAUUAUUAAUGGCAUUUGACGGGCCCUGUCUUGAGGUAGUAGCCUCAGCCCUAUAAACCUUCCAGCCCCAGUUGGUUGGCUAAACAGUAACUUGUGGAGAAAUCGACUGAAAUGUAUACCGCUUACAAAUGUUUUGGUCUUGGCGUACAUUAUUUAUAUUUCCUCAGUUAUGAUCAAGUCGGGAAAAGGGGCAUGAGGGGUGCUCACGCAUCCAGAAGCAGAGAGGUCUUGCAGUUUAGCUGUCACAAAUGCGUGGUCAAUUUUGGACUGAAUUUGACGAAGUAUCUCAGACUGCUCACUCACAUUCAUUUAGUCUUUGAUUCCCGCGGUUGUUUCACACUUGGCGAUUUCCAUCCGAUAGAUAAGAACCGCGUCAAGUUCUGUGAUAACGCAUUCUAAAAUCCGCAUCUUACUACUUACAGAGCAUGGUGGCGAAAACGAAUUACCUACAUGCAAAACACAGUCAGACACCCAUGCUGUGUAGUUAACAUAGCUAAAAUAGCGAUUUUUUUAUUUGGAACUGAGGGUAAAAAGUAUAUCACCAAAGAUUUAUGGAGUCUGGUUUUACGAUCAACUUUGGUUAAUGACUAUUGGAAAUUUUGUCCACUUGCAUUCCUUAAGAAAACCCAGAUUUUAAAUUUUCGUCAUUUGACUAAUUCGUUUAUUCAAAUCCGGUUUUGCAAACAUCCAUUGAAAGAGCUGUGACUGGCUUUUGUUUAUGUGUGACAGGACAAUGUAAGUUGCACUCUCCAUACCGUUUGUCGUUUUCCUAGUACAGCGACUGUAUGAUCAGGGAAUGCUGGUCUGAUUUUUGCAGUAAGAAGUAAAAUUUCGAUAAUGCCUUCCGUAAGUUUUUAUAAGCGGCUGUACAUUUUGAAGCGAAAGAGUUGUCAUUCUUAAGAACCAGCACAGGAAUCGUGCGGUGCUACCAUGAAAUUUGUUUUAAUAUUCUAUUCUAGUUCAGCGGUGGUUAAUUUCUUUCCAGUCAGGUAAAGCGCUUCAACAGAAAGCCGUUAAAUUACACUAUUCACAGUAGGCUGAUUUGGACGCUUCAACCGUAGUGUUGGGACCCCUUUAAAACCAAUUGCGAAGUUCUAUUGAGCUCUAUCGCGAAGAUGCAAACUCACAUUCAAAAUAUUUUCAAAAAUCAAAUAGUGCUAGCACAAAAUUAUGGCGAUCUACAUGAUGCGUAGGUGCUUUUGUACCGAAAACCCCUGCUCACUUUACUGUAAAAUUGCCAUACUUAAGCUUAUUUUUUAUAUCAUAGUUUAGAAUCCACUGAGGUCGCCGGGUUCUUCACAGUUGAAGUCAGUUAGAUUAAUAAAUAUUCAGAACGUAAAAAUUUGCAUAGGACGAUUCAGUCUCCGAAUACUGGUAGCAUCAUUUGCUAGUUGAAGUUGAAUUUAAGAUCAUUCAAGAACCAAAAAACAUGUGCCAUAGCGGCGUUUUAGAGUUGAACUUUGACUUUUUAAAUGUAUCUGUCAAAUCGCCAAAAAUGUUCUGUAUGUUUGUGUGCGCCUUUGCCGCUCGCAUUUGUUCAUUCUCUGUCCCCGAAAUCUGGCCAUUACGCUGGUCGUUGCUUCGACAUGGCGCUACACAAGUACACUGCCAACCCAUCGUGCCCAAUAGCUUGUGCAUAUGCAUUGCGCGAAGGCUCUUGCUGAUGUGAACACAGGCCUCUCGCGGUAUGGGCGUGGCUGUGAUUCGCGUGCCUUUAUAAUUUACCGCCCAGCUUUCGCGCGCCAGAUAUCGACCUGUGUAAGCUGGCCUGAUGGCGCAAGGCAUGAGCUCUCACUUGUUAACGCGACCCUGGCGGUCACGAUGGUCUGGCCAGGCUCUUGGCGCCUCGCCUGGCUAUUUGCCACAAACGACGACAGCAAUCGCGGCCCCACAAGGCGGGGGUAGAGAUGAAUUACGUGUGAACGGGUUGAUGAUGAAGCUGAAUUUUGUGGCACCUAUCCCACUCGCCCUUCCACGCCCAUUAUGUUUCAGUGGCAUGACAAAUCUAAGACAACUGCUGAUGGACGCGGGCUCGGUGACUUACGAAAUCAAAUUUGCGUUUACGCGUGUUCCCAGGCAAGCUGUAGGGUAGGUGUCUGGGUGAAGGUGUGUCCAAUUAAGGGCCCACGUGAUGGUCGUAGUAGGUCGCUCACUUGCCUGCAAAUGUAGUCCACUUCUAGCGUCCAUCAACUGGCACCCAACUCUCACAUGUGGCUCAAGGAAGCUAAGCUCUGCCUAGCGGCCGCACUCCGGUAACCGCCUCAACCCGUGGGCUAAACCACGUGAGGGUAUCCGUGUGUGCCUCUCCGCAUACGGUUACUCGAUUCUGCCCCCAACAUCGAUGGCAGAAUGGACCACUGCCUCUGCUUCUCUGAGAUUAGGCUACGUCUCCAACCCCUCAGGAGGCAACAAGCGUUCAACAAGCUACUGGCUCAGUGGCUGGAAGACCGCCCCCUUCUCCGCUCUUCUCCUCUGCCCUCACUUUCUCUACCCUCCGCUCUACUCUACUAUACACCACGAUCGGAAGUCCCACGGAUCACCGCAUUGACACCUCCAAGAUGAAGCUUCGCCCGCGACCUUGCCGGUGCCCACAAGGUAGGUGAUCCCUUAGGUAAACCUUUUUACUUGCUCCCGCCUGCUUGCCUAUGUCUGCUUGUCUGUGUUUGUCCUUGUUGUAAGCUAAAUACCGUUCUGUUGCAUUUUUCUGCUCAUUGUUUAUAUUUCAGCAGCCAUUUCGACUAGAAAUGGACGGCAAAUUCUGCUUCUUGUCCUCCUCCACAUUUCUGCUCUCAUCCCCCGCCUGCCCCUUUAAAAAGUCCUACGGCGAUGCGGCAGGGAUCUCGUGGGCAGCCCAGGCUAACUUGGGUCGUUCUCCCAUUAACCAAAUUCGUGGCCUAUAGGGUAGUCCGGUAGCCGUCUGGGAUGUCUGAGCAGCCCUUUUCAGAGAGAGCAUUGAUCACCCCCGCGAAGGGGAAGGAGAUAGAAAAGGUGUCCUAAACAAAUGCUGGGCAACCGCGACGCCUGCUAGCUAACAGUGGCCUCGGGCGCAAAACUCACGGUCGAAACAACCAAAUUCAAAACAACACUAUCACUCUUCCCCUCCUAAUUCCUGCUGUCCCACUCGCCAGACUGGUAGGAUGAGUCUGCUCACUCUAGCAGCCUGGAAUGUCCGAUCUCUUUUAGGCAAUCCGAGGAGUAAUCGACCGGAAGGGAGGACGGUGCUAAUGGCUCGGGAAUUUGCGCGCUACAAGGUGGACAUAGCCGCAUUCAGAGAAACCCGAUUUUCUGAACAAGGUCAACUGAAGGAGGUGGGCGUUGGCUACACCUUCUUCUGGAGUGGUCGUCCCAGGACAGAGCGACGGGACGCGGGCGUCGCCUUUUUCAUCAGGAAUGACAUCAUGGAACGACUGUCCUGUCUGCCGCAGGGCAUCAACGAUCGCCUGAUGAGCCUCCACCUGCCCCUCCGAAAAGGCAACUUCGCAACCAUCCCCAGGAAAUAAGCUCUGACACUGAAAAGAACAAGUUUUACGAGGACAUGCAUGCCCGCCUUGCGACUGUGCAAAAGGCGGAUAAAUUGAUUGUCCUUGGUGACUUCAACGCCCGCGUCGGCACAGAUCAUGCUGCCUGGAGAGGAGUGCUAGGUCCCCAUGGUCUCGACGGCCCCAACGACAAUGGCCUGCUCCUCCUCCUCCUCCUAACCUGCGCAGAACACCGCUUCAUCCUGACCAACAUCCUUCGCCUUCCGAUGCGAGAGAAGGUCAGCUGGAUGUCCCAUCGGUCGCACAACUGGCACCUGCUGUACUAUUUCCUCAUCCGGAGGCGGGACCAGUGGGACGUGUUGGUGACAAAGGCGAUUCCUGGUACCAACGAAUAG